CCUCGCGCUCUGGCCGCCACCGCCAUGUCCGCCAUCAUCGAGCAGGAGUUCCAGGAGAUCGAUGCCACUAACGACUGGCAGGCGCGAUAUCUGGAAAUUCGACAUAAAUCCAGUGACUACCCUCACAGAGUUGCAAAAUAUCCAGAAAACAGAAAUCGAAACAGAUACAGAGAUGUUAGUCCGUAUGAUCAUAGUCGUGUAAAACUGCAGAACGCUGAGAAUGACUAUAUCAAUGCCAGCCUAGUAGUCAUAGAAGAAGCCCAGAGAGACUACAUUUUAACACAGGGUCCACUACCUAAUACAUGUUGUCAUUUUUGGCUAAUGGUAUGGCAACAACAAACCAAAGCAGUUGUCAUGCUGAACAGAACUGUUGAAAAAGAAUCGGUGAAGUGUGCACAAUACUGGCCAACAAAAGAAGAGGAAGUUAUGACAUUCAGUGAAACAGGAUUCCGUGUGAGGCUAGUAUCUGAAGACGUCAAAUCCUAUUACACAGUACAUCUACUGCAAUUAGAAAAUAUCAACAGUGGUGAGUCCAGGAUGAUCUUUCAUUUUCAUUAUACUACAUGGCCAGACUUUGGAGUUCCUGAAUCCCCAGCUUCAUUCCUGAACUUCCUGUUUAAAGUCAGAGAGUCUGGUUCACUAAGUCCUGAACACGGUCCUGCAGUAGUUCACUGCAGUGCAGGGAUAGGACGUUCCGGCACGUUUUCAUUAGUAGACACUUGUCUUGUCCUGAUGGAAAAAAAAGACCCAUUUUCAGUAGAUAUUAAGAAGGUAUUACUGGAUAUGAGAAAAUAUCGAAUGGGACUUAUUCAGACUCCUGAUCAACUAAGAUUUUCAUAUAUGGCUGUAAUAGAAGGAGCAAAAUUUAUAAUGGGGGAUUCAACUAUACAGAAACGGUGGAAGGAGCUCUCUAAGGAGGACCAAGUGCCAAGUUCUGAGCAGUCUCCUCCACACCCAAACAAAAUAACCACAGAGAAGUACAACGGGAACAGCAUAGGCCUGGAGAACAAAGAUCAAAUGGAGAAAAUAAAUACUGACCUGUCCACUAAAGUUCAAGAUAUCACAGAUGGAAACAUUGAAAGUACUGUCCGAAAACGACUGCGAGAGGAUCGAAAAGCUAAUACAGCACAGAAGCUGCAGCAGAUGAAGCAGAAGCUAAAUGAGACUGAAAGAAAAAGAAAAAGGUGGUUAUACUGGAAACCUAUUCUCACUAAGAUUGGGUUUGGUACACUGAUUUUAGUUGGUGCUUAUUCUUGCUGGAAAAUGUAUUUUCAAGAACAUUUCUUGUAAGUAAACAGUAACCCUGUCUGCUGCAGCAGCUAAUUUUGCUGCAAGUUAAUGACUAGGGGUGUGACUUUAAGCAGUAAACUCCUUACAGCUGGAAUGGGUACAGACCAUUACAUACAAUAGAGAAAUGAUGUAAACUUGAUCCCAUGUCAACAUCUCAGGACUUUCCACUGCAGGUACUUAAAAAAAUGAACUGCUGCCCCCCAACAAAAUUGAUAGUUUUUGUUUAUAUGAGCAGGUACAAACUUGCUGCAACUGUUUAUACACUUUUUUAAAUGGUGUUCUACCAGAUCUUAAGCAAACCCUGAACAACAGAGGUUUAGCUACUGAAGGCUGUCUGGAUUUAAAUUUACAUGCCUGACAUAAGCAAUAAACAGUGUUGUAUCAUUUACAUUAUUAAUGCAAAGAAGUUAUCCUUAAAUGUGUGUAAUGUGUAAUGUACUAGUGACAUGAACAUAAACAUUUUAUAUUCUUAUGACCUAGGAUAAAUAUAUUUUAUAAUUGCAUAUUUAAUCUUUUUGUAGUUCACUGUACUUUUAAAAGCUCAGUUUGUACAAAUUUCUGACCAAAAAGAAUUUGAUUUUGAAACUAAAUGUAAUUAUAAUUUGUGCAUGAAAAUAAUAGUGCAACCAUUCCCCAUAUUUUGACUCUCCAAUUUAUGAUAUGAGCAGCUAGGGGUCUGAUGAAGCACUUACCAGUUUCUACUCUGUUAAUUUGCAUUCCUUAUUUAUUUUUUUGUAGUUUUCAUUAUUUAAGUAAGACUUGGAAAUUUGAUUUUUUUUUUUAAGGCUUUUGAGAACUUAGCCCCCACUGAAAAGCAUACUGUUAAGUUGAUUAAUGUAUUCAGACUUCAACUACUGUUUGAAGGCCAACAUUGUUAAAGUUCUGACAUUCCAUUAAAUGUGAAACAUAAUGUUU